AAAUGAUCAAAGGUAAGGAAAUCCGGAAGGAUGUCAAGAUCAAAGGUGUGAGAUAGGCCAUAUAAGAACUUGCCCUUACAUAUGGAUAGAUAUGUAAGGGCAAUUCAUACUAUAUAGAAACAAAAGUAGCUACAAGCAAAGAAACAAGAGUAUGUCUGCGAAGAAUGCACCAAUGCUGGCAACGACAAAGUCAAAGACCCAACCGGAAGAUGCUCUAAAGAGCCAUGACCUGUCAGAGAAUAGGCAGCUAUCUGUUGAGGCCCAGCGCAUCUCAAGGAUAUUGGAAAACUGCAUCAAUCAAUUAGAGAUCGCAGCAACUCUGCCUGCCAUCCUCCGCUUAAUCAGUGAUUCUAGUGUUGUGGACGAGGAGUUGAUGAGGGCACUUCGAAAGCUUCAACUACUAGAGAAAAGACUGGAGAGAAAGACACUAAGAAGUCUCAAGGGAGAAGAUGGAGAAGCAAGGAAGAGAGUAAAGACACCGCUUGAAAAGGACAUCAAGGACUCGGACAGGGAUCUGCUCAGGCUCCUCCGGUCACAUCUGGAUGCCAUUUCUGGUUUGAGGGAAGAGCAAGGUAUGGAAGUAGGCGAGAGUGAGUGUGAACUAAUUAUGGUGCUUAAGAUGUUUCACAGCCAUAUGGUAGACAUGUUGCAGACCAGUCUAGAUGAGGAUCUACAGCGGGUCCUCUCCAAGCCGCUGUCUUCCCCCCCUGCACAGGAUCUGGAGCACAUCACUCUACUGAGGGAAGAAGUAGCUACAGCUGUGAAGCAAGUCGAUGCAAAGAUUUCUCAGAAAAAAAUUCAGAUCAAAAAUUUGCAGGAGUCUCUGGAAGAGAACAACAAACAAAUAGCGGGUUUGUCACUCGCUCAAAAGUGCCCGCCACAAAUAUCAAAGAAACAGGCCAGUAUGCAGCAGGAAAUGGGUCAACUGAACAUUCAGCUCAAUAAUUUGAUGCUUGAGAACAGGCGGGCAGAGAGAACACUCCGAAAGGAAAAUGAAAAGGUGGAGACAGAAAUUGAAUACCUGCUCCAAAACUUUGACAGUGAAAUGGAAGAAAAGCAGGCCGACCUGGAGCUGAACCAAACGGAAUAUGAACGUUUGGAGGAGGAGUCACGGGGGCUGGAGAAACCCUUUUCUGUCCUAGAGGUGGAUUACAACCAGAUCAUGGAGAGGCGUCGGCUGGCAGAGGAGAAGAGACAGAUGGAGAUGAAGGAGCUGGAGUUGAAGAUCAAAGCUGCAAUUCUCGCCCAAGCUUGGUGGAGAGGCUACAGUACUCGCAAGGCCCUAAAGAACAAGUCCCUAACGAACAAGGCCUCAAAGAACAAGGACAAAGGUGCGAAAGUCAAAAAAGGCAAAGGCAAGAAGAAAUAACCACAGACUAGUCUCAUCAGCCUGGUGCUACACUGGCAAACUCUCUACCUGCACAGCAUGAAUAUUUUGGAUGCUUCAUUUAGAAAAGCCUGUUGAACUGAUUUCAUUAUAGCUCAGAUUCAGUGUGCUUGUCAUCUUGUUUUUCGGUAAAGUUUCGUAUGUUUUAAACUAGUAUUUGAAUGAAAUGUCCCACUAUAAACAUGCUCUGUUUUGAAUUAUUUUUGUGUAUUAUAUGUUUUUUUAGACAAAAAACAUUCUGAAAAAAGAAAAAUGCUUAAUGUUUGCUCAACAUUUAUAAUUGCCAUAUCAUUACCAACACAGUUUAUUUAGAUAGGCAUAAUGAUGCAGUAGAGGCUUUAUUCAAACAGCAGAGUACUAUAAACAAUUCACACUUAUGUCUGUACUAUCUUAAGUUUGGCAAGACUAUCAGCAGCUAGUAAAACUGUUUCUAUAAGAAUAUACAUAAUAAGUCGUGUAAAUAAACUUAACAAUCGAUUAAAAAGUUGUAUUUUU